AUGUCUCAGUUUGACGAUCCCACUGAGCCAAGAAACCCCGACCAGCCGAACGGCGAAGAACUUGUAGUAGCUACUGAACAAGUAAUUGAUACCAACGAAGAGUAAGUUUUUGUGUUUUUCUGAAUAAAUAUUAACAGUCGGAUUUAAUCCCUGAUUAGUUCGACCGUUAAUGUUUUGAAAGUUUUUAAUACUUUAGAGCUUAAAGGACGCCGAAGUUUUACUCAGUUUGGAAUUGGCCUGCAGGGAAGGUGGAUUUGUGUAUUAUUACACAAAAAUGGGUUUUUAAAAUUAAUUCUCAUUCGUAUAAAAGUUAGAAUAGAAAAAGAUUGUUUACAUUAAAAGCUACUUAUUUUUAACAUAAAAGCUACAUCAUUCUUUAAAACGUUAUUAUUCCAGUGAGUUGCCCGAUCAAACAAAUCAAAUUGUAGCAUCUGAAGAUAUUUAUGAAUUCAAGGAAAGUCCAGAAGGGGCCAUUGACUCAUUAGCUCGAACGACGGAUCAAGUUGAUACAGUUCCUGUAAUGGAAACGGAAGAUGAGGAAAUUGACACUGCGAUUAAUGAUACUAUUAACAAUAUUGAACCCGACCUGAAUGUAUAUGAUAAUAUACUUCAAGUCGGUAAUAUGGCAGCAAAUACGGUAAUUUAUCACUAUUACUUAAGUAAUGAUUUAGUAACAUCAAUUUUUUAUAUUCAUUAGAUUUUUUAAACUAAUACUUUUCCAGGACCUUCAACUAGACGACAACGAAGAACUCUCACGUCGUGUACCACCAUUACGUAUACAACUGCCAAAGGGCGAAGAUGAUGAUUUUGAAGAAGAAGACAAUACGAAAGAAACGAAAGUAACUCCAAAAAAGCAAAUCAGAACACCAAGAAAAGGUGGGGUGGAUAAGAAGGGCGCACACGGUAGAAUUACACGGUACGUCAAUAUUUAUUUAAACAAUUUUUUAAUUCCUUUCCUUACAACUUGUUUUUUAGCAGUAGUACCCGACAAACUACCAAAAAAGAACAAAAAUCUCCAGGUGAACAAGCCGAAAAACGUGCCCGCUCUGCACGUCGAUCAACAACACGUGAAACGCCAGCUCGAAAUUUAGAGGUUGAUAACAACGUCCUUACCCUUGGAUUGUCUACACCACAGAUAUCCAUUCCUAAUUCGCCUGAUGUGAUGGAUGAGAAUCCACUGAUUAGGCCAGUUUCUAAUGAACCUAGUCUUUCGCUUCAGCCUGAUCGAAUGUCUGAUCGGGUAUAUGCCCUGUUCGACCGUUCGGACAUCAGUAGAAGAUCAGGAAUUAAAAAAAUGGUAUGUUGUAAACUUUUUUAUAAAGCUAAUUGUAAGAAAGUUUUUUGGGGUUUUAGGCUUUAUGUAGUGUUUGUUUAAUUUUAGUUAAUACAAAAAUGGAAGACAGAUUUUACGCGUCAACAACAACCUAUUAAAUUGGCAGAAUUUGUAGACAAAAUUAACGAGAUUGAAGAAAAGUUACCGUAUGAAACUGUAAGUUUGAUUAAUUUGAAAUGCUUUCAAUUUUAAUUUAAAUUAUUCAUAAAAAUUUUUAAAAAUUAACUCGUAUAUUAAAACAUUUUAGACAUGUCAAUAUUUAAUACAAAAUCUCUUGCCUACUGAUAAGACUUCAAUGGAAAGUCUAAUAGAAAGUCAUGAACAACAAUGCCAAGUUUUGACUAAUAGACAGCGUGCGCAACGACAACGUUUAAUGGAGCAAGCUGUAAGACAAACCUUUAAGGAACUAAACUAUGUAAGACAACGUAGUUCGUGUGCUAUUAACGCCAGUAAGUUUUUUUUAUUAACUUUGUUGUUUGAUGGUUGAAAACAAAAAUUAUUGAAUACCAUUUUUAGUACGGCUUUUAAACGAUUCUGAAAUGCUAAACGCUAAUCAACUUGACGAAAGGAAUGAUGAUGCUUUAAAGCAAAUUGGCGCUAAACCCCGUGCAGAAAUUGUCAAAGAAUUGAGAGAACGUUUUUCUACCUCAGUAUUUAAAUUGUACAAUUCCCAAAAAAUGGAAUCCGAUUGUUUAUUCGUGAAGCAGAAAGACGAAUGGCGAAGAUUUGUCCUCGACCAAAUGCCAUUGGACGUUAUUAACUCGGUUGAAGAUCCUGUCAUAAAAGAAUUAAACAAAGAUAUUAAGCGUGUGAAUACUUUUAAAAUUGAUUUGAAUUAUAUUAUUUAUUAAUUUUUUGUUGUAAAUUCAAUGUUUAGGUAUAAAAGCCGUUUGUAAACGUGUCUGUAUAUAAUAAAUUUGAGGAUGUUAAUAAAUGUGUUUUAUUUUGGCAAUUUGCAAAAAAUAUAUAGCAGAAAAUUUUAAUUUUUACGGUUAUGUUAAUAAAUUUAAUAAGCUUCGUAUAACCCAGCUGCGCUAUCUGCGGCAAAUUUAUUUUUAAGCUGCGCCCACCACUUAAUUUUUGGCUUUUUUCAACGUAUUUUGUUUGGUUUUGGUAAAGUAUACGUUGUUUUAUUAAAAUUUUAGUUUUUAAAAUUUCUUUAAAUAAUUUUUUAUUGUAUAAUUCAUAAUUUUUUUAAGUUAAUUGAAGAAUUACUUUUUUUAAAUAUUUUAAGAUGGUCAAAGUAAAUACGGUGGCUUAUUGCAAAAUAUCGCUCCACGCGGUCAAAUAUCCGCAUUGUGCCGUCAGAGGACUUUUGAUUGGACGUGUAAAGGAGAACGAGGUGGUAGUUGUGGACGUUGUUCCUGUGUUACAUGGAGCUUUCAUGGCGGCGCCGGUUGAAGCUUGUCUGAUUCAUACAUCAGCGUAUUGCGAUGCAGAGAAAUUGAAAAUUGUGGGCUGCUAUGUUGCAAAUGAGCGAGUAAACGAUAAUAGGUAAGUUUUUGUUAUUUUUUGUUGUAAUUUUAGGUCCAAAGCGUGCGUUUUGGGUAUUGAAAGGGAUAUUGGCGUUUAUACUGGAGUUUACAUUAAAACAUAAAAAAAGGUUUCUUGUAUUUCACUAUUUGCUAAAAAUACAUUUUUGUAGCAUUCUUAUUCAAGUGGUGAUAUUAAUAUAAAGAGCAAAAGAAAUGAACGUUUUUAUAAAAUUGUGAUAAUUUAGCUUGGAUUAUUUUUGGGCCAAACUCAUUUACGAUAAGCUACAUGCGAACGGAAUCUUACAACCAGUGGCUAUUAGGGUAGACAACACGAAACUCUCAUCGAAUUCUAAUACCUCAUGUUUAGUAUCAUACGUGUACGAUACUGCAAAGUGGAAGCAAGUAAAGUAAGUCAAUUCUUGCCAUUUUUUCGUUUUAUAAUUUAAAUACGGUUUUUUAAUAUCUUUAGUUACAGUAAAUUUUAUUAAUUUUUUUAUUUUCAGCACAACUUUAAGCAAUACUGAAGAAGCUUUGUCUACAUAUUCGGCUGCUCUGCAGACUAAAUUACAUCGAAAUGUGAUUGACUUUGAAGGGCAUUUAGACGAUCCGUCAAACGACGACUUUUUUAACACGGAUGUGGCCAAAAAACUAGUCGAACUGUCGAGCUAG